CAGCGAGUGAUGCAGAGCAGCAGCAGGAUUCCCGGCGGGAUGUGUUACACGAAGAGCAGUAGCUGAGCAGUGGCCGCAGCUGCCCUAGCGAUGUCAUUGAUGGCCCAUGUGAGGCGGAAGUUGUGCCGGGGGCAUUUGCUCAGGUGCACUCUCCCUCUCACGCUCCUGCUCUUCCUCACAGUGGGGCUCAAACAUCUGGCCAUUGACUGCAACCUGGCCCAUAACAAUGACAUACCCAUGGGAAGCUGCAUGGCCUCCUAUUACACGGCUUUAAACUUGUCAGCCCCUGGAGAAAAGAACUGCCACAGAAUAAUCCAAGGGGACACUGAGGAGGCCAGGAGAGCCCUAUUGGACAAUCUGAUGGUCAAAAAAAGGCGACUUGUUGCCACUGAUGGGGAUUAUAUCAAUGCAACCAGUGAUUGCAAGUUCUUCAGGGAGAGGAGGAAAUAUAUCACGUUUAGUUUGAGUCAAGUAGAACAAGAUUUCCCCAUUGCUUAUUCUAUGGUGAUCCACGACAAUAUCGAGAUGUUCGAAAGGCUUUUGAGAGCUGUUUACACCCCCCAUAAUAUUUAUUGUGUUCACGUGGAUAAGAAGUCUCCAGAAAGCUUUCAGCAAGCGGCGAGAGCCAUCACUUCUUGCUUCGACAAUGUGUUUGUGGCAUCAAAGCUGGAAAGCGUGGUCUACGCAUCAUGGCGGAGGGUUCAAGCCGAUCUAAACUGCAUGGAAGACUUGCUGCAAAGCAACGUACAAUGGAGAUAUCUCAUUAAUACGUGUGGAACCGACUUUCCCAUAAAGACUAAUGCUGAGAUGGUCAAGGCUCUCAAGUCUUUAAAUGGCCACAACAGCAUGGAGUCUGAGAUUCCACCAAACUACAAAAAGAGACGUUGGGAAUAUCACUUCGAGCUCAAGGAGGACUCAAAUAAGAUCGUUCAAACAAACACUAGGAAAAAGCCGUCACCAUUACCUGUUCCAGUUUUUAGCGGCAAUGCAUAUAUAGUGGUUACUAGAAACUUUGUUAAUUCACUGUUUGUAAACCCCACAGCGAAAAAGUUUAUUAUGUGGGCAAAGGAUACCUAUAGCCCUGAUGAAUACAUGUGGGCCACAUUACAUCGGUUUGCAGAGAUGCCAGGACAUAUGCCUGCACACCAGAAAUAUGACACUUCAGACAUAAAUGCCAUUGCUAGAUUAGUGAAAUGGCAAAGCCUUGAAGGAGACAUGAACAAAGGCGCUCCAUAUAUACCCUGCACUGGUACCCACAGAAGACAAGUGUGUGUAUAUGGAACUGGAGACCUGAAUUGGAUGGUUCAGCAGCACCAUUUCUUUGCCAAUAAGUUUGACCCAAAAGUAGAUGAUAAUGCCAUUCAGUGUCUGGAGGAAUAUUUAAGGUAUAAAACAUUCCAUCCGACAGAGAAUGUAGCCUAAGCCUAAUUAUGCCUAUUUUAUACUGAGCUCAAUAAUUGCACUGUUUUAAGGAAGAAUAUACCCAUUUAGUUAGAAGGGUAUGUUUUUACUCUGUGUUUUUUCAAAUAAAACAGCCUUACGUUCUGUAUGUGUAAAUAUAUGUAAGAACUACCAAGCUGAUGACACUGUGGAGCUAAAAGGUGGUACCAUAAAAGUAAAAAUGUGAAAUGCUUGCUUGGUUUUACUAGUCAUUAAAUUGUCAGCAUAGUUAGCCACAAAGCCUUUAUAGUUUUCAAGUUUCACAAUUUGUUGGUUUUGUUGGUAUUUUAAAGGUCUAUUUGACCUUGCAUAUAGAUUUAACAACAGGUUUUACUAUUGGCAUAGGACUACUGUACAUCAGCUUAGUCAUUGUUUGACUGAAUUCCUGCUCCCUUUUCCAGUUGCUUCUGUAUUCAGCCACUUACCUUUGUGUCCUGUAUGUCCAUAGAGGACGCAAAGAUACUUGUUCGUAUGCACCGGCUGGUUGACCAGCCACACCUUUCCAAGUAUUUAAUCUCUAGGCUGAUGGAUGACAUCAAUAUUGGUAAAUGAUCUAGAAGAUCUUAAUCUGGAAAAGGGCAUAAGAACAUGUACAGGUAUGGGAUCUGUUAUCUGGAAACCCAUUAUCCAGAAACUCCAAAUUUCAGAAAGGUCUUCUCCCAUAGACUCCAUUAUAAUCAAAUAAUCCGAAUUAUUUAAAACAAUUUCCUUUUUCUUUGUAAUAGUAAAACAGUAUCUUGUACUUCCAAGCUAAAAUGUAAAUAAUCCCUAGUGGAGAAGUGUAGUAACCUAUAGCUACCAUUCUUUCCUUUGAUUAAUCAAACUUACAUUUGACUAAUCAAACUUAUUGCUGAAUGGUCUAUAUGGGCUACCUUUGUAUAUAUUUGCUCCUAUGUAACUUAAUGAGUCCUGUUAGGUCAAAAAUGUCUGACAUCGGUUGUCAUCAUUCUUCAUAACUUGCAGUGAAGUGUAAGGAGACGUAACUAAUCAUGCUGAUUUUAAAAUCACUAUGGCAUAUUAUGAUAUUUAUUGCAAUCAAAAAAUAAAACAAAUUACAAAA